AUGGCAUCCAAUAACCAAUCCAUUGUCUCUGAUCACCACGAAAAAGCCACACAAGCUAGACACCUCACUGGCGUCUAUUUUCCCUUCUCCGCGAUCAAAAAACUGCGUGGAACAGCCGACAUUGACGUCUGGGAGGCAAGAGUCAAACCUGCAGAGACGGACCCUGGCUACAAGACGUGGGAUAGACUGUUUCGACGGGUUAAGCUAUGGCUUCACCUCUGUCUUGACGACGAUGUUAUCCGAUGGCUUCUCGUGUCUCCCCUGCCACAGCUCUACGCAGAUGACUUCUACUCUGCUGUUUUGCAAGUCGUCAAGCCCCCAAAUUACUGGCAGGUCACCAAGGCAUUUCUCAAGGCCAUGCAUAUGAAAAGCUACGGUUAUGCGAGCGUUGAGCGGUACGUUGAGGAUUUCAAAGUAACAGUGCGAGUGGCGAACCUCCAUCAUCAGAGCAUUAUCUCCCCGACCGCUGCAGCCAAUUUUCUUAUUCACGGUAUCAAGGAUGAUCUUAUUUACUGGACUAGAAGCAACAAACGGGAUCUAUUGAGCAGAAAUGCGGAUAUGACAUGGCAGGACUAUUUACAACUAUGCGACCAUGCAGUGUACCAAAUGAUGGAAUGA